GGUUUCAGAGGAGUUUUUUCAAGAGUAAAGAACUACUGGUCUCUGUCUUUGGAAGGGCUUUUUUGGUUGAAAUUUCUGUUUUAUGUACUCAGGAGCUUGAUUUUCCGAUGAAUUUCGAAAACGUUGUGAUAUAUGAGUUUUUCAGUUUUUAUUCUUUUCCCCUUAGGUUACGCUUUUCUCCUAAACACGCCUGUGGAACGUAGCUACACUUUAAGUACGUUUUUUGGGUACAUGUUUGUGUGCAUAGUCAUUGGUCACGUUUGGGGUUUUUGUAGGUACUGUUUUUGGAGGGUUAUCUGGUUGUUUGUGGCUUCAAUUCAGUGAACUAUAGGGGUUUUUUUUUUUUUGAUUACGUAGCUUCAUUUUCAGGUGAAUUUCGACUAGGUUGUUAAUAUUCUAGGGAAAUUUUGACGCUAAAUGUGUUUAAGAUGGACCUUUCUCCGGGUCUGGGAUCUGUUUUUUUUUUUUUUUUGAGGAUAUAAGGAUAAUAAACACAUAUAGUAUUUAGAUAGCCAGAUGCAAACACAAAUAAGUUCGAAACCCCAAGGGCUAGUUCGGUUGGUUGGUGGGUUUGCUCUCUACACAAUUGAUCAGGGUUCUGUUCGGUUCUUGCGGUCAAGCCACAAGAAAGUAAUUUCUUGCGAGUUUUCUAGUCCCGGCGUGGAUGGUCUACCUUUGAAUGUACUGGGGAGGGGAUUAGGUGAGGUGCGUGUAAGUUGGCCCGGACACCCUUGAUUGUCGAACUAAAAGAAAAAAACACAAAUACGUUUGCUUUGAAUGUUGUGAUUUUUCAGAAUGAUUGGUUGAAAGUGCGGGUUUGUUGUAAGCACUGAUUGUGCUUGGAUUUUGAUUUUGAGUUUACUUAGAAGCAUUAUUGGCUAAAGGGGGGAGGGCGGGUGUCAGGGGUUGGAUCUGUUUCAGUUAUAGUUUGUGACAGUGGAGCUCUAUUUUGGUAGUUACGUAUGAGGAAAAAGUUUCUGGAGUUACUCCGUUUUGUUGCGACUUGGACAAUUUGGCUUUCUGAAGUUUUUGUUUUUGUCGGAACUUGUAAAAUUGACAUGGAAUGAUCAAUGUGGAAUGUAUAAUUUCUGGUGAUACAAACAUGUGCCGGUGGUUAAGAUCAGGUAUGGUCGUAGAGGUAGCAGGCUUCAGGCAUUUCUUUUGGGUCUUCUUGUGCGCAUCCUUUGAACCACCCUUGUACAGUCUGGACUGUCUUAAAAAGAGUAUUUGCCUUUCACCCUGGAAAUUUGUGGCGAAGGCUAUUAAACAUGCAAGUUCAAAAGCCAGUAACCAGCUUGAUGUAAAUAGAUAAAUAGUUCUUUAGAUAGAGUCAUUUGUAUCUGAGAUCUGAGGCUUGGAGUAAAUUUUGCUUGUCCUUUCUAUAAGUUUGCUGCAUAAUCAUGGCUCCAUGGUGGGGAAAAUCUACCUCCAAAGAUGGAAAGAAGAAAGGAAACAAGGAAACUAUCAUGGAUACAAUACAUAGGAAAUUUAAGAUUUAUUCUGAAGAAAAGUGCAGCAGUAGGUCUGCAAAAUCUCAGAGAUAUUGCAGUGAUACUGUUUCGGAAAAGGGAUUCCUGUCUCAUGCACAGUCGAGAUCACUUUCACCUUCAACACAAGUAUCACGCUGUCAAAGUUUUGCAGAAAGGCCUAAUCCCCAACCACUUCCACUUCCUGGAAUGCACCUUACUGAUUCCAUAAUCGAUGCCUCAACAAAACCAGGAUUUGACAAAGGCUCCAAGCCAUCAUUUUUUCUUCCUAUUCCUGUAUCUGUAAAUCUUCCAAACAGGCCAGAUCCUUCAGAUGCCUACGGUGAUUUAGCGACAGCUUCUAUUUCUAGUGAUGGUUACGUAGAUAGUGACGAUCCAUCUGAAUCACGUCUCUUGAGCCCUCAGGCAUCCGACUAUGAAAAUGGGAACAAAACUACUAUGAAGGGCCCUUCGAGCGAAAAGCGGGAGCAAGACCCUGCUCCCAACCGAAAGGCCUCAAGGGAGAUGUUGAAGCUAGACAAUGUGUUGUUGAAUAACCAGACUCACCGUACCUCGCCUAAGAAAAGAACUCACUUGCCAAAUUUACAAAUUCCUGUACGUGGUGCUGUCUGUAGUGCUCCAGACAGCUCGAUGUCAAGUCCUUCUAGAAGUCCAAUGAGAGGAUUUGGUCAUGAACUAGUGAUGAACUAUGGUUACUGGGCAACAAAGCCCUACCCAGAUGUAGCUUGUCUUGGGUCUGGACAGUGCUCUAGUCCAGGUUCAGGUGUCAAUUCUGGGCACAAUUCAGUUGGAGGAGACAUGUCUGGACAGGUGAUUUGGCCACACAGCAGGUGUAGCCCAGAGUGUUCGCCAAUACCUAGCCCAAGAAUGACAAGCCCUGGGCCCAGCUCCAGAACUCACAGUGGUGCUGUCACCCCUCUGCAUCCGCGGGCUGGACUGGCAGUGACAGAUACACCAGUAAACUGCUCUGAUGAUAAGAAGCAACAAAGCCACCGGUUGCCCCUUCCCCCAAUAACAAUCUCUAACUCAUGCCCCUUUUCACCUUCAUAUUCAGCGGUGGCAUCUCCACUGUCAAGAAGUCCUGGCAGGGCAGAAACUCCAAUGAGCCCUGGUUCGCGGUGGAAGAAGGGACGGCUGCUUGGCAGAGGCACAUUUGGACAUGUGUAUCUUGGUUUUAACAGUGAAAGUGGUGAGUUUUGUGCAAUGAAGGAGGUGACACUAUUUUCAGACGAUCCAAAGUCAAAGGAAAGUGCACAGCAGCUGGGACAAGAAAUUGCAUUACUGAGUCGCUUGUGGCAUCCAAAUAUAGUGCAGUAUUAUGGAUCUGAGACAAUAGAUGACAGACUAUAUAUAUACCUGGAGUAUGUAUCCGGUGGUUCCAUCUACAAACUUCUUCAAGAUUACGGUCCAUUGGGUGAAAUAGCUAUUCGUAGCUACACUCAGCAAAUAUUGGCCGGGCUUGCGUAUUUGCAUGCUAAAAAUACAGUUCACAGGGACAUUAAAGGAGCAAAUAUACUGGUUGACCCCAUUGGCCGUGUAAAAUUGGCAGAUUUUGGGAUGGCAAAACAUGUUACAGGACAUUCCUGUCCAUUAUCAUUCAAGGGAAGCCCUUACUGGAUGGCACCUGAGGUUAUAAAACAUGCAAAUGGCUGCAAUCUGGCUGUGGAUGUAUGGAGCCUUGGGUGCACGAUUUUGGAGAUGGCUACAGGGAAACCACCUUGGAACCAGUAUGAAGGGGUUGCAGCCAUGUUUAAGAUUGGAAAUAGCAAAGAACUUCCUGCAAUCCCGGAGCAUCUCUCGGAUGAGGCCAAGGACUUUGUGAGGCAGUGUUUGCAGCGCAAUCCGUUACACCGUCCUACAGCGGCUCGGCUUUUGGAGCACCCUUUUGUUAAAAAUGCUGCAACUUUGGAGAGACCGGUUCUAAAUGCUGACCCGGGUAUUGGACAUACCAAAAGCGUAUCAUGCAUGGACCCAGAAGGAACAGCUAUUCAUCACCCCAGGCGUUCGAAAACUAGUUUGGGAUUCAGUGAUGCCCAUUCUCAUGUGCCAAGGAACAUAUCGUGCCCAGUUUCUCCCACUAGGAGCCCUCUUCUGCAUUCAAGAUCACCACAAAACAUGGGCAGAGUUAUGUACAAUUCCCCCUCUCCAAUUUCCAGCCCUUGCACCCCAUCUGGUUCAUCUACUCCUCUCACUGGGGGUAGUGGGGCCACUCCAUUUCAUCUGCUAAAGCAACAAACCCCCUUGCAUGAAGGCAUGGGAACCUUUGCGAGGCCCCAAAAUACCCUCCCCUUGGAAGUCAGUGCCUCUUAUCAUGACCCUAAGCCUGAUCUAUUUUCCAUGAAUUCGCAAACCCCUCAUGCUUUCCGGGAAUUGGCUUCAUCUGAAAAUGGUUUUCCGGGAAAUCAAUUUGGACUAUUUGUCCAAGGGGACACAAGGAAACCAUAUGACGGGCAGUUGGUGGCUGAUCGCGUUUCCCAGCAGCUCUUGAGGGAUCGUGUGAAGUUGAACCUUAAUCCAGGUUCUCCAAUUCUUGGUCGCACCCACGGAAUGUGACUUUGAAUGGUCAACCGCCUUAUCAGAGCUGGCUCCCAGGCACACAUAGUCAACAUAUCAAACAAAUUGGAAACGUAGGAAGAGAAGCUAUAAAGCUUUCUACAUCCUUUUGCAACCUGAAAUCGAAGGGUCGAGGUUAUAUAACAUGACCAUAGCUUUUGAUGGUAAUUCCCUUGGUAAGUAAUAUAUAAAGGUUUCGCUGCAGUUUGGUUGAAUUUCUGAUCCUAUUUUCUGGUAACUACUUUUUAACAUCUUGGAUGUACAUAACUGAUAUGGGUUACUUCAUGUUUUCAGAAAGAUGAUCUGUUGGGGCUCAAUCAUCAGCUAUUCGUUGCAGAGAACAAUUAGGCAUUUGAUGAAACUGUACAUUUUGGAGUAGUCAUAGAUAGAGGAGAGAGCACAAAGUACCUUGGAGCUUUUGGCCUCCAUUUACUUGUUUAGUGCUUUAUUUCUUUUUUCUUCUCUUUUGGUCGGUGGGGAAAAGGUGCAAGGAAAAUAGCGUGUAGAAAAAGAAAACAAAAAAAACUUGGGCACUAAUGCAGAGUCCUGAUUUCAUUGUGAAGGCAAUUUUUGGAAAUGUUAGGGCUAUUGUGUUACUUUG